GAAGGUUCACUGUGAACUUGGAGAGAUUUACAUGUAGCUGCAGAUAUUGGGAGCUCUCUGGUUUGCCAUGUUGCCAUGCUAUUAGUGCUAUUUACACACUGGGCAAAGAAUUGGAUGACUUUAUUGCACCUUGCUACAGAAUUGAUUUGUAUGACCAGGUGUACAGCCAAGUACUACAACUAGUGGAGGGGAAAGAGAGUUGGCCAAUAGCUCCAAACCCUAGGCCUUUUCCACCAGUAACAAAGAAAAUGCAUGGGAGGCCAAAGACAGAGAGAAGAAGAGAAGAGCAAGAGAAACCCAAGAGUGACAAAUUAUCAAGGAAAGGAUGCAUAAUUAGGUGCUCAACAUGUGGAGGUGAAAAUCAUAACAAAAGAAAGUGUACAAGUAACCCAGAUGUUGUCAGGGAGCAUGCUCAGCAGAAGAAAGCAGCCAUGAGUGCUAAGAGAAAGAAGGAUAAAGCAGCAGCUAAGGAUUCUACUACUGUUGCGCCGCAGGAACCUACUGCUCAGGUUCCAGAGAAGCAUGUGUUGUACUUUGAGAAGAAAUCUAGAUCAAGGAAGAAAGGCACUGCACAUCAAGAAGCUCCUUCCAUGCACCAAGAUCCUGGCCAGCAACCAACUCCAGCCAUGCACCAAGAUCCUAUCCGUCGACCUUUUGUUCCACCAAAGAAAAAGCAAAUGAAAUCGUCCCAUGCAAUUGGACAAUCCACUUCUCAACCAGAUAGUCAACCAUCUACUCAACGAAUGAGAGAAACAAUUCCAAUGACUGAUGUUGUGACAGAAUCAGUGCCAAAGGAAGAGAGACUUAAAUGGUUCAUAUUGGGGAAUGAAAAGAGAGGUCAACAAGGAGGAGAAGAAUAGUGCAUUUUUCUGUUUAAUUUUGUCACACAAUUUUUGUGUUUACUUUGUGUUUAGUUUUGUCACAGAAGUUAUGUUUAAUCAUAGAAUAAUACUGUUUUCCCAGUGUGCAAUCAUACUUGAGUAUAUGCGUUCAGGCCGAAAUUGAGGUAGUCUUAAAUGUUAGUGCAA